GCACCUCAGCAUUUUAGAGUUCUACUUAAAGGCCAACAAGCUGUAAGCUUGUUAUCAUUCUUAUCAUACAAUCUCUCUAAAUCUCUCCCAUUUUUCACAAAACAGAGUAUUCAAGAACAAUGGCAGACCUAUUGAAUCAAGAACAGAUUGUCGAGUUUCAAGAAGCUUUUAGUCUUUUCGACAAGGAUGGCGAUGGUUGCAUAACAAUUGAAGAACUGGCAACAGUGAUAAGGUCCCUAGAUCAAAAUCCAUCCGAGGAAGAACUACAGGACAUGAUUAGUGAAGUUGAUGCUGAUGGUAAUGGAACCAUAGAAUUCGUCGAGUUCUUGAAUCUUAUGGCCAAGAAAAUGAAGGAAACUGAUGUUGAGGAGGAACUGAAAGAAGCUUUCAAAGUGUUUGACAAGGAUCAGAAUGGUUUCAUCUCAGCUACUGAGCUGAGGCACGUGAUGAUAAAUCUAGGUGAAAAGUUAAGUGAUGAAGAGGUGGAGCAGAUGAUAAGAGAAGCAGAUUUAGAUGGUGAUGGUCAAGUCAACUAUGAUGAAUUUGUGAAGAUGAUGAUGACCAUCGGAUAGAGUUCUUAUAAAAUCUGCAUCGUUGAAUUAAGAUUCAUUAACCCGUUCAAAUUUGUUGAUUGUUCAUUGUACCAGUGUUCUUUAUUUACUUUAGUAUUUAUUGUGCCUAUAUAUGAUAAAUCUGCUUGACAAUCAAGUUUAGAUUCAUGUAUUCAUGGAAAGGCCUGGAUGGGGAUUCUUGUAUUCUUUAAUAUCUUGUUAGUUUGUUACGUAUUUAGUUCUAAUAAAAUUCAUUUUGGAUG